CAGAGGAAGUAGUAAAACCAGCUCGCGGGGAAGCGGGUGGCCGCUGGAGGUGGCUGGCUGAUGGGAUGGCAGAUGAAGAAGAAGACCCCACCUUUGAAGAAGAAAAUGAAGAAAUUGGAGGAGGUGCAGAAGGUGGACAGGGUAAAAGAAAGAGACUUUUUUCUAAAGAAUUACGAUGUAUGAUGUAUGGGUUUGGGGAUGACCAGAAUCCUUACACUGAGUCAGUGGAUAUUCUUGAAGACCUUGUCAUAGAGUUCAUCACUGAAAUGACUCACAAGGCAAUGUCAAUUGGAAGACAAGGUCGUGUACAAGUUGAAGAUAUCGUCUUUUUGAUUCGAAAGGAUCCAAGAAAGUUUGCUAGGGUUAAAGACUUGCUUACUAUGAAUGAAGAACUGAAACGAGCUAGAAAAGCAUUUGAUGAAGCAAACUAUGGAUCUUGAUACCUUUUAUACUUUCUGAAGCUUCAUUGUCUUCUGGGGAAAUCACAUUUAAUAACUGUAUUUUUCACAGUAAGGUCCCGAUUUCUAGCCAUGUGAAUGAAAGAUGGAGAACCACAAAGUUUUCAGUCUUUAUUUUCAUGUCUUUGAUAUUAGAGUGAUAUUUGAGCCUUUAAUUGCCUGCCAUUAUAUACCAUACUUGAAUUACUUAUUGGAUUUUAAUGACCACACGUAUGUCAAAGUACCCUUGCAAACCAUUCAGUUCCUUCUGACUUUUGACCAUUUAAAUGAAGCAGUGUUUAUAUAUUAGGUGUAUUUGUGCCAUUGUAGGCUGUACUGUAGCUGUUUAAAACUUGAAAUUUAAAAGGCACCUUUGACUUCAUGAUCACUCAUAAAGAUGUGUUUUAUGUAUUCUAAAGUUUUUAGACUACAGUAUUCUGAGAAGUUAUAAAAAGGUAGUGAACUGAUUUGUGUUUCUUUUAAAGAGAAAAUGAUAUAAGAAAAUACAGCCUUUUGUCGGAGUGUUUAUUUGUCUUAAGAUAAUUUGUUUUAAUACUCUUUAGAUAACAAGAGUGAUUUUUAAAAAUUUUAUUUUUUGAGAAACUGAAAGUUUUAUGUGACUCCUUUUGUGUUGGAAGGCUUAUUUGAUUUAAAACCUUUUGGGCUUAUAAUAUACUAUUUGUCAAGUUUUAAGAGAACUCAUUUUCCUAGGUCCAGAUUAAAGCUUCGAAUAGUAAGUGCUUUCUGUAGCAAGAAUGGCAUGGCUGAAAAAGCUGAUGGCAGGCUAAGCAUUUGCAUUAAUGUUUUAUUAACAUAUUUGUUAGUACUUGUUCACUGUGGAAAUGUGUUCCUGACUAAAACCAUAUGUUGCUAUGGAAACCACUUUUGUAGUUCAGGAUAUACAGGUUUUGUGUGUAUUUAGCUUAUUGUAUUAUUCUUGCACUUAGCUUAAAGAAAUGAUUAAAAUUGUGUUUAAAGGGAUCAUUGAAUAUUACUCUUUGUGAAACUGAAUGUUUUGUGUGCUGCUUUGAACAUUAUCUAUGAAUCAGUACUUAGGAAAAUUUUACUUUCCUAACCUAUCAAUACAAGGAAUAAAGUAUGAAAAAUUAAAAAA